UUUGUCUGUGUGAAAGUGAACUGUGAGAAGUUUUGUUUUUGAUUGCAUUCAAUUCGAUUGGUGUUUUUUACUUGUAAUUCAAAAUUUAACACAUUAUUUUGAAUAUAAUUAAUAUAAAUCGUUUACGUAAAUUUCCUUUUGAAGAAUAACAUUUAUAUAGUGUUUAAAAUAUUUUACAAGUUUUUGGGAAUGUGCAAACGAAUUUGAUUAAAUGAAAAACGGGAAUUUUAAUUCUGAGACUUGGAAUUGUAUGCAAUAAAGAAUAAAACCCACUGGAUUACCCCACUCUAAUAAACAAAGUUGUACAGUACAUUUCACAGACGACAUAACAACCGAACCUGCAUCCUUCAGCCAUUACUCUAUACAGUACAGUACUGUAAAAAGUUAGCAGACCUAAUGAAGAAUGGAUGAUGACCCCCAAAUCAGCAGCAGUCCUAGCAUAUUAAUACCUGAAUCUCCGGAAAGCCCCAACAUACUAAGGGAUUUACCUGAUAACCAGCUCUCAGAACCUUACACUCAAUGGAUUGAAUCACAUGGGACUGACGCAAAUAGUAGUGGUACGUCACAGCACCAAAGAGAUCCCAUGCGAGCAUCCCAGUCCAGUGACGAAGCGAGAUGGUAUGAAUCCAGACAAUAUCAACCGUCAGUGCAUUUGGUUGACUUGUUUGAUGAUGACGAGAGUGGCCAGGCUGCCCCACAAUCCGACAACAGUCCGUAUGUACCAAUGGGCCCGUUUGAACCGUGGACGCCCACAAUUGGGCCAUACGAUGACAAUGCCCAACAGGACUUGGUUGUAUCUAACGAUGCUAGAAACCGGGAAAUAAUUAACGAUGAACCAAGAAAUCCUUAUGUAGUUAAUGAAGAACCGCGAGUGCCUUACAUGUUUAAUGAAGAACCAAGGAACCCUGAUGUAGUAAACGAAGAAUCGAGAAUCCCUCAUAUAACUAGUGAAGAAUCUAGGAAUUCAGAUACAGUUAAUGAAGAAUCAAGCGAUGUUAAGGAUGUAGCCGAUGAAGAACCACCAGCCAAAGUUAGAAAACUGAAUACAUCAAUACAGGACGAUGGCGAAACCUGCCCCAUAUGCCUGGACACGUGGGGCAACUCCGGGGAGCACAGACUAGUCUCCCUGAAGUGCGGCCACCUGUUCGGGGCGCAGUGCGUGGAACGGUGGCUGAAGGCCCAAGCCGCCAAAGACCGGAACUGCCCAACUUGCAAGAGCAAAGCCACGCUAAAGGACAUAAGAUUCAUAUACGCGAAGAAACUAGUCGCUGCAGAUACCACUGAGAUAACAGGGCUGCAGAAACAAAUAGAUAUAUUGCAAGCAGAGAAAAAUCGAUCAGAAUUGGAACUCCAGAAAUCUCGGAUAGCCCACCGAGCGUGCAUGCUGCAAUUGGAGGAUCUGAGGAAGACCCUGUUGAAGAACCAAGUUAAGGAGCAACCGCAACGGAGAUCUUGGAGGUUCGCUUUGGAGAAGAAUUUGGAGAUAAACAAAGAUGGCGGAUGCAGAGUCCUUACGUACAACUGCAGGACGUACGAGCUGUAUGUCACCCAGAAAAGCACAAACUACCUGUUCCCCGGCUUUGGCAUCCGCAAAGUCAGCUGUGUCGAUUACAAAUUGGGCCAGUUUUUGCAUCUGCACCCGAAACCAAUACGGGACAUCACAUAUUCCCAACCCAGAGACUUACUGUUAUCCGUCGGUUUGGAUAACACAGCAAGGAUAGUCGAGAGAGGCAUCCUCAGUCAUACCAUUCAGUGCGGGAUGCCACUGUGGUCGUGCUCCUGGGAUUACCUACGCAGCAAUGAGUUCUACGUGGGGGGCAUCGGAGGUGUAAUCCAGCAGUAUGACGUCAGGAACCCGGGGACACACAUCCAGAAGUUGAACAUAACGGGGGACCUCUCACCGGUAGUGUCACUGGUGUCAACGGAACAUGGACUACUGAGCUGCCAGCUGAACUCCUGCUGGCUGUGGAUGCCCAACAUGAGGCAGUGGGAGCGGAAGAGUCUGCCCGUAGACGGGCCAUUCAUGUCUCUUUGCUAUGACAACGAGUCGCACAAAGCAUUAGUGUCUUGCCGUGCCAGUGGCAACGAACGCUCCCGGCUGAGCCUGUGCAAACUUAAAAGUGCAAACAGUAGUGUCAGUGGUAGUGCAAGUGACGUUGUGAUGGAGUACGAGCAAACGUUUCCGGGGUCCACUCGGACCAGUUUGAUGUGCAAGAGUGCUUUCAUCAAGGCCCCCGGGGCGAGGUGGAUUGCUGCGCAUUCGGAGAGCGACUCCUCCCUGUACCUACACGGGGUGGAGGGUUCUCGCACGAUGUGCUUGCCGGCGUCGGAGCCCGCGUUGGACGUUUGCGCUGGGCGCGUGAACGCGGAGACGGUGGUAGCUGCGCUGUCAGACUCAAGACUGAGACUCUAUAGAGCGGUGCCCACUAGUUGACAGCAGCCAUUACACCGUCUGCCAGCGUUCCUCGUUGUUUGCUAAAAGUCCUAAACUAGAUAGGUAAACUCUUUAUUGCAUAUUUGUGCCAUGGAAUAGAGCAUUUGACUGUAUUUAAAACAUGACUUGUGCUGGAGUAAUCUUUAUUGAUUAUUAUUUUUCAAUAUUAUUUUGUUUCACAUUAGAAAAUAAAAUUAUGAUUUUCUAAAAAUUAUUUUUCGAAGCUAAUGUCACGUGACCACAAAUGCUAUUGAUUGGUCGACUCUCUGUUUACAGUCUUGUGACAUCACAACAAAUUGUGAAAAAUGUGUUAGAAAGUACUUCAUACAUUUCUAGAACGUUCCUCAUCAAAAAUAGUAAUCCAUAAAUAAACUCAUAAAACAAGAUUUUAACGAGCAACACUACAGAUUACUAUCAGUUAUUAUAGACUUGUGACGUCAUUGCAGUCACGUGACCCGCCAUUUUUAAUAAUCUGAAUUUAUAAAUUUAAUUAAAUUUGAAAUACUGAGAAUUGUGACAAAAUGAACUAAUUGAUAGUUUAAAUAAGCAUUCUUUUUCAUUUAGAUGAUAAAAAAAAAGCAGUCAAAUACCCUAGUAUACAAAUGAAAAAAAAACUCGAAUUCAAAUGUGUUCUAAUAUCGUUUUUUUAUUGUUGUAUAAUUCUAUGAUAAUAAUUAUACAUUAGUAAUUUUGAAUGAUUUUGUUUGACUAUUUUUGUGUGCCCGCGCAGAUAAGGGGGUGGUGACCAAGUUAUUGUAAAGGCAACCAUGUUUCUAAGACCUUUUAUUUGUAGAGAAGCCAUAGUACAAGAUUUGCUCGCUUGCAAACGAGGAGUCGAUUUCGAGUAUAAAACUCUGUAUCGUCAAAGUUAAAUGGACUCAGUGACAAAUGUUUUAGAGUUGCAAAUCCAGUACUUCUGAUAUUUGUUUUACAAACGUUCUGUCAAUAGUCUGAGUUAAAGAAUUGUAGACAACUUUGAGCUGAUUCAACGAAAAUAAGAUCCGUUUUACUCCGACGUUCAAGUAAACCAUACUCGAAAACGACCAAGCAAAUCUUGUACUAUGGCUGCAGUUAUAGAUUUGGGUGGUCUAAAAGUUUAAAAGCAAAGGAAUGUCAAGUUUUGCCCCGGCACUGCAAAAUCGUGAUUUCGACACCGUGUGUCUGGCAGUGCGAGAGAAUCCGGAAAGUGUUGCGUGUACCUCAUUCAUUUAGUAUUUCGAAAUAUAUGUUUGAUUAAUAAUUAUUCGUCAUCA